UCGAUUGACUGGCGUAGUGCAGCGCCGUGUAUCCAAAAUCGUCGACAAAAUCGAUGGGCAAAUCGGCCUUGCGGCACUCAAAAAACGAACGAACAUGGUCCAGGUCUCCGUCUUGGGCAGCGGUGAAGAUGCUCUUGCGCAGAAGCGCUCUGCGGCAUGGACAUUCGGCGCUGUUGUUCCCACUCGAUGCCAUGUCGCAAUGACAAAAACCUCCAAAACUUAAUGUGAUAUAAUACUUCGACGGGGGAUAUCUUGGAAGGGCAACGACGAUGGAAGGCAACAUGCCGCUGACGCCGCACACCCCAUCGGGGAAGAAGUUCAACUUUGGACAAGCGUGGACGGACGACGCGUACGUCUUCGGCGCCGAGCGUCCUGGCUACGCGCAUCCGAGGCGUGAUCAGCCAUCUACACCACGAGGUCCAGACGUAAGCGACGCGCAAGUUGACGAGUGGGUCAAGUUCAUGCUUGCCAACGACAUCAAACACGUGCUGUGUCUCUUGACGCGGGAGGAACUUCGCUUCUAUUCGACGUCGCUCCUUUGUCAAUAUGAGAAGGCGUUCGCUUCAACGACCCACAUCGAUUUGACAGGCAACUGGCGGUUGUCGGAGCUGCUUGCAAGUCUAUCCAAAGCGACGACAGCAAAGGAGCGAAUUGUCGUGCACUGCACCACCGGGCAAACUCGCACUGCGAACGUCCUGGCUUUGUGGAUACAUCGAUUCCAUGUCGUCGGCAUCGACGAUGCCAUGAACUACGUCAUCCACACCGCCUCUUUGAACGGGACCACCAGGAAACCCACCGCCGAUGGCGUCCUGCGACUGCUGCGAAACGUACCUGCAACGCCACAGACCCUGCAGCCGCCUCCAGCACCCCUCUCAAGCGUUCCAACGACAUCACGAGUGAUCACCUCUCCAUGCCGUGCGCCUCCAUCAACAGCGGGGGUAUCGACCAGCGCCCCGGACGUUUGCUUUCUGCAUCUUGGGGGCCGAAUUGAUGCCACGCUCCGUCACUUUGUUCACGACUUUCAAAUCGACGUCGGCGACCCCGUGGCAUGUUUCGACAUUUUAGCGACCAGCGGUUGCCCUGCGCCGUGCGAGUCCAUUUCCAUUUGCCGCAAAGCGCACGACGUGUCCACGGCGGACCUUGACGCUGUCGUUGUCGCCCUCCAAAGGACUCGAGCGACGUUCGUGGUCAUCACCAUGGACGCGACGGUGUUGACGACCUCGGCCGCGUACCUCCAGUCCCGUCGGCCACCAACACAGACGAUUGUAUGCACGGGAGCCCGAGUCCCUGCAUGCAUUCCGGCUGCAUCUGACGCCGCAUUCAAUCUCGGCUGUGCACUUGGCGCGAUUCGUUGGUUGCCGCCCGGCGUGUACGUGAGCUGGAACGGUCGGGUGGAACUGGCCACGGACGACACGCCAAGAAGCGAUCGCACCACCCAAGACGCAUGAUACACACGAUGACGAUCUGGGUCGUUUAUUGCUAUAGCAAACAAAAGUGUCGAAUCAAGAGACGGUCGAUCUACAGGACGAUGGUCUGAACGGCGGCUGCAUCAGCUAACACUGUCAAUUGCGGCUGCGACCCACUCUGGUUUUCUUUGUUUUGCGUCGAGGAGUUGUGAACGAGGCCACGCUGCUGGUGAAGUGGAAAGAGUGACGUCCCGUUCGAAGUCAUGGUUGAUGAAACCGGCAUGGAAUGGAGCGAGUGUUGCAUCAUUGGGUGGUGAAAGUGAUGGGGUAACGUGGUGUGGGCCAAAUGUUGUUGUUUGGUGACUGUGGCGUGGAGCAAUGAGAAAUGUUCUUGCAUGGGCAGUUGUUGCUUGAUAUGAUCAUGAAGCAUCGAAAUGCGGUUCAGGUUGGUAGGAGAAUGCUCGAAGAUGGACGCAGGCUCCAUGUGUGAGUGAGGUUGAGACGGCAUCGACAUCUUCGCUUUGUGCUGCAUUGCACGGUGACCCCUUCGCUUAUACGAGUUCCAGUGGUUCUUGAUCGCGUUGUCAGUUCGGCCAGGCAGCAGUUUGGCAAUUUCGGCCCACUUGUUGCCGUAUUUGUGAUGGGCUACCUUUAAAAGGGUUUCCUCGUCAGUCGUCCAUGGGUCCUUUCGAAUGGAUGGAUCCAGUUGAUUGUGCCACCUACAAUAACAUCUUUGCGUCAAGAUGGGGUCGUCUUGACGGAACGAA